UGUAUAUAUGUAAUUAUACGUAAUAAUACGUAAUUAGCGGAACUUCGAAACAGACAUAUUUCUACUGAUUAAAAUUAUUAAUUGGUUGUAUUAGACAACACAAAUGACUUGAAACAAUUUCAGAAUUGCCACCAGAAUCAUAGCUGUUGACGUCGGUCUGGAUUUUCGAAAUUUGAAAUCUGCACCAAUUUCCAGAAAUCCGGAAGUAAAUUGUUCGAUAAAGUUCCAAGGAACCGUGUAUCAAUUGUUUUGGAAACCUUGCUUGUAUUAACAAAUGUGAAGAACAUUAAUUGCAUUCGCUCAAACACGUGUAUGUUGUUAUUUAUAAUGUCUAUAAGUUGAUAGUAUUUUCUUUUAAACUGAUAUUGUUGAUAACACUGUGUGUAUGAUACAUAUAAAGUGUGUAUAUACCUAAUAUAUAUAUAACCGAUUCAUCUACUUAUUGGUAACCAAAAGGUAUCUCACUUCUGCCAAGGUGAUUUUGUUGCACAACACACACACACACACACACACAUAUAUUUAUGUGGUCCUGUUUCUAAAAUUGCAUGAUAUAUUGUAGAGACCACAACUCGUGUUAUGUAUUAAAAACUAUAUGUAUGUAAUUCGUGAAUUAUGCCACGCACCACAAAAUUAUAUGUUGGCAACUUGCCCAAGGGCAGCAGUGAGAGAUCAGUAUGGGACCUCUUCGCCAAGUAUGGUGAAGUCGUGGAAUGUGACAUUAUCAAAGACUUUGGAUUCGUCCACUUUACUGAAAGCACAGAUGCUAUGAAAGCUGUUGAAAAUCUAAACAAUAAAGACUGGAAUGGCUCAACCCUCAAGGUACAACCGUCCCACAGUAAAGUACACGCCAAACCCGGAAUGGGCAACCGUGGUGAAUGCAUUCGAUGUGGUAAAACUGGGCACUUAUGUAGGGAUUGCCCUUCAGUUCGUGCUCGAGAUUUCAGAAGUGGAGAUUUACAUGAAAAAACGUGCACCACUUUAAGUAAUAUUUCUAAAGAAAUUAAUGCUAUGAAUGGAAGUAUUGAUGGUCUUUACUCAUUUCUAAGUAGAUAUCGCGAGAACAGUUACAAGGAAUCUCCUGGGAAUAACUACUCUCAAACAAAUCCCGUUCAGGAUUGGCUUGGAAAGAAUGCUGAUGGUGACCGAAACAGGCGCCAGAACCACAGCAACAACGAUAACUUCAACAGUAACAAACAGAGACCUUAUUCCAACAACUACCCACCACCAUCUAUGACUGCAAGUCGUUUCCGACACCAACCAUAUCCUACAGCCAGCGAGAGACGGUCUGCAUCAUCUUCAUCAUCAUCGAUGUCUGACAGUAAGCACCGACUCCCAUCAUUGUCAUCCUCACAUUCACUCUUGUCUUCUCGCCCAGGUAGUAACAGCAAUAACCGUGAUAUGAACCCCUUUUUCCGACCACCACCUGAAUAUUAUGAACAUCUGAGGAGGAAGACAGUUGGCAACUCACAUUUUGCUCGAUCUCGUGAACAUUAACAACAAACAGUAUUUUAUAUAAAUUUGUAUAUGCUAAGAAAAGUGAUAUGUUUUAAAUCCUUCAUCAUUGAACUCGCUCAUGGACAAAGUUUUACAAUUUCAAAGUGGAUUUGAGUCGGGAGGAAGUAAUUAUAACUGAAAAACUAAAAAAAAAAACCUGCGAAGGAAAUAAUCAAAAUAUUUCAAAAUGAAUAUCAUUGCUUUAGAAUGUGUAAUGCAUGUUUUAAUUUCUUUUUCUUUUCUUAGCAAAUCUAUUUUAAGAAUUUAGAGAUCUUAAAUGACCCAACUUCUUGAUAUCUAGAAUCCUACUUAGCAAUUUGAAUUUUAUACAAGUUAACAAAGUCUAAUAGAUUUAUUCAGUAUUGAACAUUUUUCUUUUUACCUUUUAGGCAAGUGUCACACUGGCCUGACCAUUUAUUAUGAGGUUAUUCCCUUCUAAAACUGGCACAAAUGAUAACAAUUGCUACAACUAUCCUAUCCAUUCUAGCAUUGAAGAAUUGAUCUGAAUGAAAAUGGUGAGUGAUUUUGAGGAGUGGGUGUGAGAGUGUUUCUUUGACAUGGGCGAGCAUAAAUAAUUAUUUAAAUUAAAUUAUGACAACCUGUUUCCUAUGGCUAGUACAGGUGACAUAUUAACUAUAUGUGAAUGUAAUUAAAUAACAUUGGUGCUUUAUGUAUGUAUCUAUAUAUGUCAACAUGUGUGUGUAUAUAUGUCUAUAUAUAUGCACACAUGCAUAAAUUCAUACUCUCAGUACAAUGGUUGUGAACUGAAGAUGUUGGGCUUUUGACCACAUGAUGAUCAUAAGCUGUUACUGUCAUUGUAUUGUUUCUGAGCAAGGCACCUAACUCUAGUUUUUCUAGUUUGUCAGGUUAAACAAAAUGCAGGUCCCAUAUUCAACUUCACAAUAAAUGAGUGGUUAGCAGUAAAAUGGACAUCAAAUUAUGAAUUUUUUUUUUAUCCAAGAAAUAAGCCAUCCCACCCAAAGCUUAUAUA